AAAAACUUUCUGUAAUUGCAAACUGGUAAUGUCAGUUUUAAAGACGCGGUGUCCGCGUGCAUGUAGUCAGUGUGUUGCCUUCUUCAGGUACCUUGUGGAAUAACUUUGAACGCUUUUUCGUUCAAUCAAAAUAAUCUUCAUCGUAGUCGUUGGUUAUAUAAAAAGAAAGGCAUAUCUCAGAUCUCAAUAUAUAGGAAAUAUGUAUUAUAAAACAGAUGGAGGAAUUAUAUAAUCAGCUUUUAAGGAACAAAGCGUGGGGAACGAAGCGUAAUAUUCAAGUUGAAAAGGACUAAACAGACACGUCAUUAUCACUUCUACGGCGUAACGUCUGAACGCCACUCGCGGUUUUAAUAACAUAAACCCGAAGACUACGAAUCUGUCUUGGCAAUAUUGCUCUGAUCACCUCAUCAUUUGGAUUCUACAAGACUUUUGACCGCGGAAGUUUACUUGAGGAGGUCAUAUAAGGAAUAACAUUGUUUAUCUUAGUCUAAACAUAAUUUUUGUUGUUGCAAGUGUCUUCAGUCCGGCCUAACCGUUAAUCUUUUAAACGAGGUUUAAAUCGCAUACACGUUUCUUACAAUCUCGCGCAGGACUUCAGAAAGAAACGACGUUUUUACAUUUAGUUUCCGCCGUAAAGAAACAUUGCAAUUUUGUCCCUAUUUUGGGCCAAAGCGGAAGAAAUUAAGUGGUAUAUAUACAACACUAUAGCAUCGGUCGAUCUGCGGUCAAGGAAUACGGACGUGUGUCUAUAUACUGCAGCUGUGUCACUUCUUUUGUAAGGGAUUACUCGCGACUAGAGUUCCGUUGCGUGCUGGAGAUUUGAAAACUAAAUAAAUCUAGCCGAAAGACCGCUUAAAUCGUCAUAAAUCAUCAAAGACCGACCACAUCGUCAAUAAUCGUGAACGGAAUAAAUAUAUCGUCGAGAAAAAUUGACAUACGAGGCAAAAUAACCGUGGAAGGUGAAUAUAAACACUGAAGUAACGACGAAAAUUUGGCGACACUGAUUGUAUUGUUUCUGAUAAAGAUUGAAGAAUCAAUGAUUAUUUUUGUUCCUUUGUUAUAUACAAAAUUUGAAGGAGUUUAAUUUAUAAAAAUGGAUCUGAACAUCAUUGGCAUUUAAAGGGAGAUUAUAUUUUGCGGUGUAAUAUAUAUUUAUCAAUAGUUUCCUCAAGUCUUCCCAUUUUGAGAAUCUUCUUGCCGGAUUUCGUUGAAUCAUCAAAGCCGCUUCGUCUGUUGUGGGACGUGUUAGGGCUCAUGAUAGUUCUUAGUCACGCUGACUGAAAGUAGGACAAGUCAAGUCGUUAGCAACGACAAGAGUGCUUUAAAUAAUAUAGUGGAGUGUUUCUUGACAAUAUUCGACUGGAGUCGUAAAACUACGUAUUGGGUGCUUGAGGCGAAGAAUCAUCACAACUUAUUCUGCUGUGGAAAAACACGAAAGUAUUGCCUUCAGAACGCAAUUCGUCGACGAAAGAUACUCCUUGAAAUAGGGCUUUUUUCGGAAGAGCUCUUAACGGCUACUGCUUUGUAAAUAUAAGGAACUGUCUAUCGUGCCAGUCAUGGUAAACAUGUAGCGCUAUACUGAUGUUAAAGGUGGAUUUUACAAAAUUAAGCAAGUGCGUCUAUAUUCAACAUAUAAUCAGCUUUACCUAAGAAGGAUCUUACUUAAUAUUCCUGGAAUCGGUCCAAAAAUCUCGCAUUAUAUAAGAUUUUUGAUCACAAGGAUUAGUUGUUAUUUCAUCUUCAAACCUAUAAUUCCUUAUCUUGAGUCAAAGAUACAUUGGGCAUAGAAGAAAUAUCAUUCUUUUCUAUAUGAACUAAAGGAAUAGCUCAUUCUCAUCACGCCGCGGGAAAUAAAGUUUUACUUGUAAAUUUAAAGAGCAUCGGUACAGUAUUUAAAACUCUCAGACGAACUACUUCACUAUAUCAAGGAAAACCCGUCAACAUCGUUAAUGUAAUUGUUAUUUGACUCGGAACAAUGUUCAAAAACUGAGACGGUAAAAUGUGAUGAUAUUUCAAACAUGGAUUGUGGCUUUCAAUUCAAAACCGGCGAUGUGGUCUUAGUGGAAUGGAUGGACAAGUUAUACUAUGCUAAAAUUCUUCAUAUUGAUUAUUUGAAACGCAUGUGUAGCCUGCUCUUUGACGACGAUUCAAUUGACCAUUGUCCAUUUACAAAGAUACACAGCGUGACCGAGACUACAGCUGAGAUAGUUUGCAUUGUGUGUAAAGAUGGCUCCAGUGUCAGACCAAACGAAAUUGUGCUGUGUGAUAAAUGUGGAAUAGGCUAUCAUCAACAAUGCCAUAAUCCCUUCAUUGAAGACAAAACAUUGGAACCAGAUGAGCCAUGGAUGUGUGUUUACUGCACACAAGGAUGUGAAUGUCCGUAUCUAUUGAAUCCUUUUGAAGCAAAACGACAUUUAAAAGAUUUUGCUUCGAUGUCUGGUAGAAAGAGCAGAGAAGAUCCAAAGGAAAGUCACUACAACAUGUCGAAGCACGCAUCGAGUUACAUACCAAGCAAACCUUCCCGGGUAAGAAACCUCAUGGCCAACUAUUAUCACGAUCAACGUAGAGGUGGCAUGGAUGCGUCACAUGUCAGACACAUGGCUAGAGAAGCGCAUCACGUGAUGAACCGCCGUGGCGUGAUGGAGAGGCCUAGGAGCAAGUACUACAGAUACCCGGAUGACAGGAGCAGCGAAAAGGUUGAAAAUUUUGAAUCCCGUAAACGACGCUUGGCGGACCAACAGGAGAAAAACAAGACGUCACAGGAUGUUUGGGAUAACGGUGGAUAUGCCGCUGACGUCACUGAUAAUGACGUGACAGCUGAUGACGUCAGCAAAUUAAAAGGAAAGGAAGGACCACGUGAGAAGCAGCGGUUGACGCAAGAUUUGGAGAGACAGAGGAAGAAACUGAAGGAGGAUAUGAAACGAGGUCAGGAGUUACAGAGGGAGCAUAAUCAGUUGUUGACACGUGAUCAAAUGCAUGAUCAGUCACGUGAUGUUACAAUUAGUCCACGUGAUCACAUUUCCGAGGAUGCCGCGAGGAAUGAACGAUCUUAUGACGAUCGAAAAUACGAAAGACGGCACUACAGCCAUGACGGUGGGGCGGAGUAUUCGGAAAAUGUCCGUAACAGCUCGGGAAAACGAGCUCGCAGCGAGUACAGGUCAGCGGAUGUGAGGGUAAAUGGCGAAGGGCCUGGCGACAAAACUUCAAACAAAAAAUUAGAUCCAUGUAAUUGUAAUGAGACGACUGGGAUUAACGAGAAUAUUUAUAAUAUAUCCGAUAAACAAUGCGAGCAUUCCAGCUCGAGGCAAGAUUACCACGAGAUUAAUGGCCACGCGAGUGACACGCGUGAGAUUCACGAUCACGCAGGAAUCACGGGUGACAAACACGGGCAGGCUACGAAGGAAAUGUACAGCAGUGAGAAAAUUGAAGUGCUUGGAGAGAGCAGUGAUAACGAAAUGACAUGCAACGACACUCGUGAUAAAAGUAAAGUUAAAUCAGGCGAAAAAAUAGGAGGAGUGAAUCAUUAUGAAGUUCACGAGUAUCAGGGUUUACGAAAGGAAAGGCGGUCAAAGGAAGGAAACAAACCACGCUCCGGUUCAGUGAAAUCUGACAAAGAAUCUUUGAGGGACAGUUCAAGUGGUACUAAGCGAGGCUCUUGUAGUGACGAAUCUGUUGACAAUGAUCACAGAGGAAAUAAAAGACACAAAGCAGAAGGCGCAAACCACGAAGACAGUCGAAAGACGCCUUACGAGAACGAUGCAACUGAAAAUAGGAUGCGAAGCGAUUUCCCGCGUCAUAACUGGUUGGUCGAGAGGUGGAUCAACCAGAAAACCGUGCCGACGAAUGAGAAACCACGGGGAACUGGUGCAGAGGAAACUCACAGAAGUAGUGUCGAGGGGUGUAACGAGCCUCUUGAAACCACUAGAGAAUGUACGUCAAUAAACAAUGUUCCUGAUGAGAUUUCAGCCACACAGACGUCGGGGAGUCCAGUGUACGAACAAACUUACAAAGAUGAAGUUAUCGAUGAGGGAUACACGAAGCAAAUUGUUGAUGAUGGUCUAGCAAAGGACGCCGGUGAAUUUGGGGAGCGACAUGAGAACGAAAUCCUUAAGGUACCUUCACCAGUAAAAUACGAAAACUACCCGCAAGGUGAAAACAACAACUCGCCUGAGAUUGAAUAUUCAGCAACAAAGAACGAACCACUUUUAUCAUCACGCAAUCUCGACAAUGGCUCGCCAGAAAUAAUUCAAUAUUCGGAAACAAACAAAGUUCAAGCUUCGCCUAAAACUGAGAAAACCUCGCCUUUACGGGUAGAAACCUCGCCUAAGAUUCCAGAAACGUCUCCAAAACGUGUAGAAACGUCGCCAAAACCUACACAAGAAUCCCCUAAAAGAGUUCAAUUGUCUCCUCAUCAGCUGUUUUCGACCGACAGUGUCUUGCCGACCUCUACUGGUACAAGCUGUGUUUUGCCUGACCAACAACAAACCUUUCCUAACUUGGCGCAAUCGCCGCCCAACGAGAGGCCAUUACCACUUAACCCUAUUCUGGCAUCACCAAGUAAAUUACCGCCUGCAUCAAACUCCACGGCCAGAUCACCUGAACAAAUACCGCAAUCGCCAAAUCGAAUUGCAGAAGCAACAAGCGGGUCAACGGUAUCGCCAGCGCAUCGUGUACCAACCAACAACUGUAUUCCAUCGCCACCAAACCAGGUACAAUAUUCUCCUAAUAGAAUACCACCUUCUCCGAAUAGAAUACAACCCUCUCCUAAUAGAAUACCACCCUCGCCUAAUAGAAUACAACCCUCACCGAACAGAGUACCAGCUUUUCCUGAUAAAAAGACACCCUCCCCUAAUUCAGCAUCUGAGUCACCAGGCGGGGUCCCACCAUCACCACACUGGGUAACAACCAAUACCAUACCAGAAACACCAAAUCAAGUACAAACUCUGUCAGAUAAGGUACAGACCUCUCCACGUAGAGUGUCACCCUCGCAAAAUCGCAUCUCUCCAAACGACAAAAGCAGAAGAUCAUCUUCCAGCGGUUCGGGACAACAUAUUGAAACAAGGAGAAUAUCCCCACGUUUCACACCAAGAAUCGACCAGGACUUCGGGGGAAAUCAGGAGGAAUUGAGGAGAUCAAGGAAUAGGAUAGGAUCAAGGGACAGUGAAUAUGAAGCGAUCCACCCAGGGGGGAUAAGACGAGAAAGCCAGUCAGGAGGGGCAGAAGAAAAAAUUAUCGAAGUGACUUCAGACGGGGAGGAGAGUAAGCGAGAGAGUUCAGAGGAAAAUAAGGAAUUUUCAAAGAUUCAAACUGGAAGAUCAGUGAAUCCCGUGAGCCCUAUUGUUCGUCCCGACAAACAUGUUAUGGAAGAAAUGCAUUCUGGGAUACACCAACCUCGUAUCCAGGACCUCAAAUCACUACGUGCACCUACUGAACUCCCCCCAGGCCUACCGCUCACGUACGCGGCGUAUUCCACGAAAACCUUCUCACCACAUUUGAUUACUCAUAAUGCAGGAGUUAUGCACCAUCCCGGGCACCCUGCCCUACAGGGAGGUUUGUCCGGUAGAUUGGAAAUAUCCCAGCAUACAAAACCCGAUAUGAACUGUCCAUUUCAUGGCAAAAAGGUGGAUAAAAUGCCCCUACAUGUACCCGGGUAUCCCGUGUUACACGGCGAUGCACACAUGUACUCCCAACAUGCGUUGCACGAGAGUGAAGCGGCGUUAAAACUUCGCGAUAAACGACCGGAACACCUCGAAUUUCCCUCGGACCCUCUCGCCAUGCAACGGAGAAUGCCGGCAGUUUACGACCGUCAUCUUGUAAUGCCGCAUGGGAUACCAAUGCAUCACCCACGUUUUUUGGCCCCAGGGAUUGUUGACGAACACGGUUUUCCUUUGGACAGCGAGAGAUAUAAACAUAGGCUCGAGGCCGCCCAUGCGUACACCGGCAUACACAAACCACAAUCACAUGCGCCAAGUGGCGUCUCCGCGGAUUCUUCGAGAUACGCCGGAUCGACGUCGGAAGGAAAACGACAUGCGUUGAAAUAUACGGAUGAAAAAAGAGAUACGCCAAAAGACAACGGAAUGCCAUCGGAGGGUUAUCGGCAUCCUCACCGGGAACAGUCGCCUAUGAUGUCACAUUCGGAUAGAAACGAGGUCAUGAAAAGGUAUAAUAUUUCGCCUCAAGACACGAGGUCUUCUCGAGUUGAACACGUGCUGCGCACGCGUCCAGGAUCUCAUGGAAACUAUACACCAUCCGUAAGACAAAUGAAAGAAGCACAUCCGGGAUUCAUCCAACUUGGCGAGGUGCACAAAGAGAAGCCAGGACCCGAGUCUAGGCCCAGUCCUUCACCGAAAACACUAGAUCGUGAAUCAAUCAAUCGAGACUUCAAUGAAAGGUUCAGCAUGUUGGAUAAAACAUUCAAAGAAAAGUUGGAGGGAACAGACAGAAAUAGAGAAGGGGCAAUGGCAGCUUACAGUGCCGCGCAACGGAGGCAUGGGAACGAAAUUGGAGGCCCACCAAAAGCCUGGGGCGAGAAUCAAGGUAGGCCAGUUGAUCCACUAAAGCAUAGACACUUAGAAAAGCACGUGACGAGUACUAAAAACACUCCUCAAACCUUGGAUGAACAGAGAAAACUUCAAGAUCAUGGCUCACCGCGAAUAAUGGUGACUAGUUCUCAUACCCCUAUCCACAAAUCACCACUGCCAAUGUCGUCAUACCGUUUUCAUGGAAACAUGGUACCAGGUUCCCCACACGGCUUGCCUCGGGGCAUGGUUCCUGUUAUGGCUAAUCACGGAGACUUCGGUGUAUGGCAGGGUAUGAGGGGAACCGCUAGGAUACCUGGCUACCCUCCUGCAAAUCUUGGGACAAAAGAAACUCAGGGGAUAGCACCAGAAAAGAAUGAACGACUCAAACAGGACUACACGACAGCACAGCGUGAAUACCAGGACAAAGAACGUAGCUUAGCGAUUGAAAAACACCGCAUGAACUUAGCACAACUAGAAAACGAAAAACGCAAGGCUUUCUUGGCGGGAAUGAAGGAUCACGAGAGGCGACCGGAGAGUGCCGAACACGAAGCACGAAGUCCGAGGACACGCGAAGAGGAGAUGCGCAGGACCUGGGAAGUGGAAAAUCGGAAGAGAAAAUUGGAGCAGCCCGGAGCAGAUAUUUCCCAACACGCCAGAGCCCAAGCUGAGUUGAGUAAGAGAUUAAUGACAGAAAAGACACAUCAUAUGCCUAUUGAGGAGUUAGCCUCUAGAAAAGAACAGUAUUUAGCUGUGUGUGCACGACAACACGAAGGGUACGGAACCCCGGCAGUACCUUACCCCGAUAGAGCUCGAAGUGCCGGUAACCCACCGUUCUUCAUGGGUCGUAUAGGCCACCAAGCCGAGGCGAGUGUUAGCGAGGCUUUACGGAAACAACGCGAGCACAAUCAAAGACACGAGUCAAUGCGAAAGAUGGUUAAAAAGAAUAACCGUUGCAUGUGUGGAGUGUGUGGUAAAGAAGCAUCGUUCCUUUGUUCAGGCUGUCAGAAGGCCUGGUACUGCAGUGCUAAAUGUCAGCACACGGCCUGGGCUGACCAUUGCAAGGAGUGCACCGAAUCUAAGCGCAAAUAAGAGCGGCAAGAAACUGGGUACUAGUCAUGCGUAGAUUACGUCAUGGUUAUCAUCUUGGCUGUACUUAAACUAUCGUAGAAUAUAUUGUAGUGUAUAAAUGCAAAUCACUUUCGUCUUCAUGAAGUAUUCAAGAAAGGCGAUAUUUAUAAUCAGAAAUGAAAAAUACAUCUUACAAAAUUGUAAAAAUAGACGUAAUUAAUUUAUUUAUUUCGCUACGGGAAAAAG